UUUCAAUGGCUGAAGCGGUUGUUCGAUUGUCCAAUACAGCUGACGUUGAUCAAUCUUCUAGCAAGAAGCUUUGCGAGGAGGCAAAGUAUGAAUACCUUGAUCAUACAGCAGACGUACAACUCCAUGCCUGUAUCCAUUAUUCAUGGCAAGUUGUCUGUGUUUAACCUAUCGUGCUGAUGUAUCCUUAACAGUUGGAGCAGGGGGCGAUGAUCUACAGGAGGCAUUUGAGCAGUGUGCUGUAGCUAUGUUUGGUUACAUGACGGAGUUGGAUACGGUAGAAAAAUUGAAAACAGAGUCUAUUGAAGCAGAAGGGUCAGAUUUGUUGUCGCUGCUCUAUCAUUUUCUGGAUGAAUUUUUAUUUCUGUUCAACGCCGAUCCAUUUUUCAUACCAAAGGAAAUUAAAAUUACUGAAUUUGAUAACGAAAAUUUUAAAAUCAAGGCUGAAGGAUAUGGAGAAACUUUCGAUCUCAAGAAGCAUCCACAGGGAACAGAGGUGAAAGCCAUCACGUACUCUAACAUGCAAGUUCAUGAUCAACUGGAUAAACACGACAUAUUUGUUAUCAUAGACAUCUAGAUGGGAUAGAACGCGUAUUGCUUGCAGAUGCUUUUCUAUUGGUUACUCACACAGACUUGGUCAGGGCAGCAGACCAGGACACAUGCUUACAGGUACAAUCACUAAGAUUUCUAAGUACAGUACAGCAAUUUGGUUCUUACAUGUUUCAUUGAAUGGCAGUCGUUGGUUGAUGAAUAUG